AUGGCUUUCAAGUCUCUUUCCUUGCUAGGCCUCGCCUUGAGCUUGGUCUCUGCUGCGCCAAACACCCGAUCAGUCAAGAUCACCGUUGACCACGAGGGUCCCCUCGACCCUUUCUUCGUCGUCGAUUUCCCCGAUCCCGGUGUCCUCCAGGCCGAAGACGGCACAUGGGUCUCUGUCGCGACACAAGGCGAAGACAAGAAGAUGCCAUAUGCUACUGCUGAUGAGAUACUUGGCGAAUGGAAGAUAGCGGGGGAUCUCUGGCCUGGUAAAGGAUGGACCAACAACGAGAACAUCUGGGCUCCUGAUCUACGACGCCUAGACGACGGCUCGUACAUCAUUUACUUUGCCGGUCAGCAUGGCUCUUUGCCUGGAAACCCCCACUGCAUCGGUAUCCUUCGCUCCGAAAGCAUCACCGGCCCCUACAAGCACGAUGAUGAGCCUUGGUUCUGUCCUCCUGAGGGCUGGAACAAGGUCAUUGACGCGGCCGGCUUCAAGGACACGGACGGCAAACGAUACGUCGUCUACAAGCAAGAGGGCGACACAAGCGGCCCAACUGGCGGCAACCCUCUGUUCCUCCAGGAGGUGGAGAGCGACGGCAGAACCAUGGUUGGAGACGCCGUUCUCCUCCUCGACCGUAUCGAAUCUGAGGAUGGCAUGUCAACAGAGGCGCCCAAUAUUGUGCUGCUAAAGAACGGCAUGUACGUCCUAUUCUACAGCUCGGGCCACUUCGAGAACAUCAACACCUACGACGUCAAAUACGCCUAUGCCACCAAGGUGACGGGCCCCUACACCCGCGCCGAAGGAUCUCUGAUCAACGCUUCCAUGUUUGAUCUCAAGGGCCCUGGUGGUGCGACGAGCAACGAGGCGGGAGACACAUUGUUGUUCCACGGCUGGUGCGUUGAGAAGUACAAGCGUUGCUUGUACGGUGUUCCUUACAAGGUGUCUAACCCUUGUAGGCCUUAA